CCGGCCGAGCCGGGGCAAGCUGCCCGGACAAUCGCCGGGACACGGAGCGGGCUCGACCUGUUCCCGACGGGCGCACCUGCCCGCCUCCACCGCGCAUCCCAAGUCUGAGCCCGCGGGCGCGGACAUGGACCGGGCUGGGCGCACUCCGGGCCUCAGGGCGGCGGGGAGAGGGCGGCUGCUCCGGGCGGCCGCGGCCGCCGAGGGGCUUCGGGAAGAUGUGAGGGCCGCGGCGGGCAGGCCCUGCAAGGGCCUGUCAGGGAUCCCGAGGCGGGAGGGGCCAAGGGAGGAGGAGGCGGCGGCCGGACACGAGCUCCUACUGCCAAGUGAGAGAAACUUCCAGAAUGCUGCUAAAAGCAAUAAUUUGGACGUUAUGGAGAAACUGUUUGAGAAGAAGGUGAACAUUAAUGCUGUGAACAAUAUGAAUCGCACAGCCCUGCAUUUUGCAGUGGGGGCAAAUCACUUAUCUGCAGUGGAUUUCUUGCUUAAUCACAAGGCCAGGGUGGAUGUUGCUGAUAAGCAUGGCUUGACAGUAAUUCACCUCGCAGCCUGGUCUGGAAGCCUCGAGAUCAUGCUCAUGCUGGUUAGAGCUGGAGCAGACCAAAGAGCCAAGAAUCAGGAUGGAAUGAAUGCCCUCCAUUUUGCAGCUCAGAGCAAUAAUGUGUGCAUCGUGGAGUACCUCAUUCAAGAUCUGCACCUGCGGGACCUGGACCAGCCUGAUGAGCUCUGCUUUCCACUGUGCUGGCUUCAUUCUUAGGUGGAUCUCCUUACCAGUGGCAAAGAGGGCUACUGACAGCUGAGCUGAUAAUUCUAGAGUAAAAAUAGAAUACACCAAAAAGAUCUCGCAGGAUUCUCCAUCCCUGAACCAAACACUGUGACGAAGGGGCAGGUGGUGGAAGAGGCAGGAGCCUAUAAUUAACAGCUCCACAAAAAUAG